AUUGACACCUACCAGAAAAGCGCUCUUUCCAGGAGGUUAGCCGGCGACUGCAAAUAUGAAGGUGUUCGCUCUUCUCUUGUUCGCUGGAGUUUCUCUUGCACACUAUCGAGGUAAUCACGUAAGGCAGAGGGGUACCUUUCUACAGGAAACUCGGGUGAACGAGUACAAGAAAUCCCACACCUACACAUACGAGUAUGUCGCAUCGGUGAACAGCGGUUUCCCUGAAACGGAGGAGCGGUAUGCAGGACUGAAGAUCACGUGUGACACAGACUUCUACUUCGAGACAGACACUUUGGCUUAUUUGAAGAUAAGAAACCCAAUUCUGUACGAAGUGAACGUAACAUCCUUCGACCAAUCAGAGUCACACACUGUCUCCCCAGUCUCCAAUGAACUGAAGCCGUUGCUGGAACGACCACUCAAGUUUGAGUACAAAGAGGGAAAAGUAGGUCAGAUUUUCUGCAAUGACGAUGAGCCUGAGUACAUUUUGAACAUCAAAAGAGGAGUUCUUUCCAUGAUCCAUCACAAUUUCACCAAGCCUGAGUCUUCAUUACAUCACCGUGAACCAAGACUGUACAAGAACUGGGAGUUCAGCACUCAUGGAAUGUGUGAAAACCUGUAUGAUGUGCGUCACAACACACUGGAGACCAACACAAUCAAGGAAUUGCAAAUUACAAAGACCUUAAACCUGCACAACUGCAUUGGAAAACCCCGCGUGUUUUCAAACGUACCAGGAGUGCGCUGUCUUAGCGAGGACUGCAGCGUCAUUGAUGAGCCCCUACAGAUCUCUGUGUCAGCAUCAUGUGAUCUUUUCGGAACCGAGGAACAAUUUGUGGUGAAGGAUUGUAGAACGAUGGGAAGAUACAUUUUUGCACCAACACAGAUGAAAGGAAAUGCCAGAACUUUGACCAAGCAAUACCUGAAAUUCAAGGAAGUGAGGUCUGAAUCCCAAAGCUAUACCGUUAGUGGUGUUACCGCUAGGACAUUGGAAAUGACUGUGGAUGAGGGAGAGGACAAACCAGAGACUGAGGAACAACGUACCCAGACUGCAAACAUGGUGAGAAAAUUGAUCGACGACCUGAUCAAGAGCGUGGAGGAGAAUAAUUUGAUGUCUUGGCAGUUCAGUCGUUUGGUGGAAACCUUACGCAGGACCUGCAAAAAAACUCUUAUCAAGAUCUGGGACAACUGCUACAAUGACGAGAAACGCAGGCAAUGGCUGCUGGAAGCUCUGCCUUAUGUGUACAAGGAGGAGGUCUUUGAACUCAUCUCAGAGAAAAUCAAGACAUUGGAACUGGACUCUGGGAGGGCGGUCUCACUUAUUCGUGGUCUAGCCUUAACUCCAAACCCAACAGAAAAGAUGUGCUCGACCGUUGUGGAUCUCUGUUCUGGUUCUGUUGUCCAAGCAGACGAGACUCUGAAGAAAACCUGUUACCUUACUGCCGGUGCCUUGAUGCAUGACUUCUGCAAAGACAAGGACGCCACUUGCCUUACCAACAAAGUGGAUGUAAGUUUCCUUUUGAUGUGAUGAUAACUUGUUUCU